AGUUGACACUGUACAUAGGAACCUUGUUUGAGCCAACCAGUUUCUCUCCGGAACUAUAACAGUGAAACACUUUUCCAAGGAGGGAAAAAGGAAGAUGGCGGGGGCUAAAUCAGCGUUAGUGCUGUGCAUGGAUGUGGGGUUCUCCAUGUCCAACUCUGCUCCGGGUGAAGAACCCCCCUUUGGACUUGCCAAAAAAAUCGUCCAGAAGUUUGUCCAGCGCCAGGUGUUUGCUGAGACUAAGGAUGAAAUUGCUUUAGUUUUGUUUGGCACAGACGCCACCAAAAACCCACUGGACCAGGACGGCCAGUACCAGAACAUCACCAUCCAUCGCGACCUCAUGAUAGCUGAUUUUGAGCUUCUGGAGGAGAUUGAGAAUCAUAUCCAUCCACAGAGUCAGCAGGCUGAUUGGCUGGAUGCUCUUGUUGUCUGUAUGGAUCUCCUUGAGACACAGACUAAUGGGAAGAAGUACAAUCGUCGCAACAUUGCACUCCUGACUGACCUCAACACCCAGGCUGGUGCAGAUAACCUGGAUGUUAUUAUUGAAAACCUGAAACAAGCUGACAUCACCCUGCAGUUCUUUUUGCCUUUCACUGUGGAGGACAAUGAGGAGGGUGGAAGAGAAUCGGACAGAAGAGGUCCUGGUCACCCAGGCGCAGGCAAAGGUCUGACCGGGGAACAGAAGAGCAGCCUGGAUAUGGUGAAACACAUCAUGUUGAGUUUGGACGAGGAGGAUGGCCUGAAUGAAGUUUAUACCUUCAGGAUGGCCAUUGAGCAGCUGUGCAUGUUCAAGCUGAUCGAGAGGAGACCCAUGGCCUGGCCCUGUCAGCUGACCAUUGGCAGUUCUCUGUCCAUUCGUAUAGUUGGAUACAAAGCAGUGACGGAGGAGAAGCUGAAGAAAGCGUGGAUUACUGUUGAUGCUCAAACCAAUCAGAAAGAUGACAUCAGGAGGGAGACUGUCUACUGUCUGGAUGAUGACAAUGAGACAGAGGUGCAGAAGGACGAUACCAUUCAAGGUUUUCGUUAUGGAAGUGACAUUGUUCCUUUCUCCAAAGUUGAUCAAGAGCAGAUGAAAUAUAAACACGAUGGAAAGUGCUUUGCUGUGCUAGGCUUUGCCAAACAAGACCAGGUGCGUCGUCAUCUGUUCAUGGGAAAUCAGGUCGUCAAGAUGUUUGCUCCUAAAGAUGAUGAGCAUGCAGGAGUGGCGCUGUCAGCCGUCAUCCAGGCCCUGGACGAACUCAAAAUGGUGGCCAUCGUGCGUUACGCCUAUGACCGGCGCAGCAACCCUCAGGUUGGAGCAGCGUUUCCUUGCAUUAAGCGAGAGUAUGAGUGUCUGAUGUACGUCCAGCUGCCCUUCACAGAAGACCUCAGACAGUUCACGUUUCCUUCUCUUGAAAACAACAAAAAGUUCACUCCAUCAGAUACACAGCUGUCUGCCGUGGACUCUCUCAUUGACUCGAUGAUGUUGAUGGAGAAGGAUGAGAAUGGAGAACUGAAGGACAUGUUGAAGGUCCAUGACAUUCCCAACCCUGCCUUCCAGAGGCAUUUCCAGUGCCUGCAUCAUCGGGCAGUAAACCCCGGCACCCCUCUUCCCCCCAUGGAGCCAUGGCUGAAGGCUUCUCUUGAGCGCUCUGAGGUUAUUAAUGAACGUUGCAAAGAACCACUAGAGGAACUGAAGAGAAAGUUUCCUCUCGUAGAAGCGGAGAAGAAAAAGAAGCUGAAGACUAGUGCUCAGAUAUUUGGCAAAGACAAUGAAGAGCCGGAUGAUAAGAAGGCAAAAGCAGAUGAGGAGUAUAACCUGGCUGACAUUAGUGAAGUCAUUACUUCGGUGGGAAGCGUGGAUCCAGCCCGAGACUUCCGCGUACUGAUCAAGCAGCAGAGUCUUCCAUUCGGAGAAGUCUGUCAGCAACUGACUCUCAGGAUAGAGCAGUUUCUUAUCAACAAGAGCACACCCUACUACAUGAAAGGCAUCACCUGUAUCCAGGCUUUCAGGGAGCAGUCGGUUAAGCUGGGGAAUGCUGAUCUGUACAAUAACUACCUCCAGUCGCUGAAGAGGAGCAUCCCAACCAGAGGGCUAGAGGUCUUCUGGGAUCUGCUUGUUCAAGAUGCCAUAACAUUGAUCAGCAAGGCUGAGGUCGAGGGAAGCACCGUGUCCAGAGACGAAGCUGAUCAGUUUCUGGUUGCUGAAGAGAAGAAAGAAGAGCCAUCUGCUCCAGACGAAAAUACCGGGGAUGUUGACGACUUGCUGGACAUGAUGUAAAAAGGGAGGCAAGGGGUUUGUCUCCAGUGGACAUGCAAAGAAUGAUUUCAUUCAUCCCAGCCAGGCCAAAGCAAAUCAACCGCUCAUGGUUCUGCCUCCCACUAGGAGACCCUGUGCAUAACGCACAGAACAGGAUUUGAGUUAACUGAUGUUACUGUAAAUAUGUAUCCAAACUUUAAAAAAUGUUUUCUCACAAUGAAUGUAAAUUAAUCUCUUCUAUGGUAAGUCAGUAAUUCUGGGUACAGUGAGUGCUUGAAGUAGCAAGAUUUGUGCACUAGAAACCUUUGGGAUUUUACAGAAGACAGUACUUUAGUGUCCUACAAACUGUUUACUGAGUUAAGAUAACAUACAGUUUGUAAUAAAGCUUAACAGUAUGUUUUUCAAUAACUAUAUUUAGGAUGAAUAUGAGUACAGUGAAGUCAACUGAAAAUUGUAUAGUGCAAAGUAGAAUCAUAGUAAACCUACAAAAGAAUUUGAGGUCAUUUUCUUCCUCAGAAUUCUGACUUUAAA